AUGAUCGAAGUGUUGCAUGGUAACUCCGAUGGUGGAUCAAUUGAGCUUGAGCAUGUGUCGUUGUCUGUCCAAAUCGCUGUGAAAAUUUGGUCUUCUUUUAUUCGUUCAAAAUUUUUACCAAAACAAUUUUUAUUAAAAAACGACAAAUUAAUGGGGUUAUAUGUUCGUUGUGUAGCUUCAGUGAAGCAUGUUCUCUAUCAAUUAAUGAUUCUCUUACAUUCUCUCAUUUACAAUCAAAUUAUUAUCUAUUUUAGUUCAGUUAUUACAAUUAAAUUUAGAAAUGACACACUAUAA